UCUAUGGAUUUUCAGCAGCUUAGAAAGUUAGCAAAUGAUACAGAAUCCGUACAGAUUUCGCUUACGGUGUCCUUAGGCUUUGGUUGAUGUAGAUGCUCCACAUUUUACACAACUGUAGUUUAUUAUGUAUGAGUGAAUUGAUUUUGCAGAUGUUCUUUCGUUGCGACUUGUUUUUGUUUUACAAACAUUUUUUUCUAUGAUAGAAUCAUGAUCAUUUAUAUGAUAGAAUCAAUACCGACUGAUUCUCGUAAGUGAUGCUUUCAUAUUAUCUUUUCGUAUCGUCUACUUUCAAAUUCCGUGAAUUAAUGCAUGCAUUUAACAAUCGUGAGAGUUGCGGUGAGAAAUGGAGAUACAUGUUGAAAAUGAAACGUAAAGCCAGGGAUAGACAAAGCGUAAUCUCUAACGUAACCUCAGAAUGUAUCUCUGGCUUAAGGAAAAAUAUAUAUGAACUGAAAUUAUGAAACAAUACAAAAAAGGCAUGCAGUGUACAUAUGCAGCUAGGGCUGCUGCUAAUAUUCUACUGUUAUAAUUUGUUGGUUCGAAAGUCGUUGCGUUUAUUUUUCCAGAAAAAUCAAAGUAGAUGCAUUGCAAGCCGGUUAGGAUCUGAACCGGCAUAAUAUGUGGCAAAUAUUUCCUUGCAUUAAAAUAUUUCCUUGCAAAAAAAACAUUCAAAACGUGUUGAUAACGCUGAAUUAUUCAAUAAACCAGGUGGUAUGUACUAGUUGGUCAAAGAUACCAUUUUUUAUCAGACUGCGGCUCUCAUAUUCGGUUAUCAAGCUGAUAAUGAGAUUGAAUACUGGCAUAGAGGGGUAGUGAAGUGAAACUAAUCAUGCAGUUGAAUCCUUUCAUUAAAAAAUGUAACAAACGUUGUUUCAAACGAGAAUUAUUCAUGAUCGUUUGAGUUUGGAACGAGAAUUGAUGCGGAAUUGAUUCAGAAGAAGACAAAAAAGAGAUAGAGAGAAAGAUAGACAGCAAAGGCGAUGGCAAACUAUAUACGCUAUAUACAUCCGUAAACAACAAUAUACCACCCUACCCAGUCCAAAAACCAGAUCAAAUUAAUAAACAAAACCCACCGUUUGUGAACUUAAGACAGAGCAAAGUGUGCGAAUAGAAGUGAAGCAGAUCAAACGAGCAUUAUAGCUACAUACAAAUGGAGAAUAGUGAAAGUCUCGGGUACUAUGAAAUAAAGCCGGAUACUAUGAAUGACAAAGCAUAUAACAACAAAAGUAAGAAAAUGGGAAUCCGCUUUUGAAUAUUUGGGUGAGCAACGUACCAACCUCUCGCGCUUUUUUAUGUUCUGCAAACCAUACAAACAGAUCCCCUUCCCUAUUCAAAACAAUCGCGCUGUACAAUUAAACUUAGCGGGGACAAACAGAAUAUAACUGGAACAAAUUCUCAAGCGACGGAAAAUAAAACUCAUAGCUGUAGCGUUAUGUCUGAAUACGAGAGAAAGCACGGAACGAUGGCAAACAGUUACAUGAUACAUGUAACACAGUAACCAGCUGAAAAAGAGAAAACAUUUAGCAAGAAACGAAUACCCUCGUUAUUCGGCAAAUUGGAGAGUGCUAGGGAGUGUGGGAUUGGAAUAUGUUAGAAUGAGGGGUCGUGCAUUUAAAAACAAUCCGUUUUACAGCAUACAACAUUGAACAAAAACAGCAUACCUAGCUGAAAGAAGAGGAGUAGCACGAACUAAAUAGGCUGAGAAUGUAGAGGAUAUAAAAACAAAAACAAAUGAAAGAUAAAUUAUAUUUAUAUUAGGAAUUUCUAAAUAUUCAAAAAGCAAACUAUCUAAGGUAACAAUCACACACAAUACAAAACAUGUCAAAACAAACGUAAUGUCGAGAAAACGAAUAGAAGACGCUUGAGCAGAGGAUACGUAGAACAGUGUGGAGAUAGAUUGCCUAGUCGGUUGAAUACUAUCGAACGAUUUAGUAACAAAAUAAAAAGGAUUGAAUAUGGCGGUGGCACCGUAGGUAUAUAA